UUAUCAAAAAUGCUACUGCGCGUCGUGUUUUGGGCGAGUAUCGCUUUAUAUUUGUUGAAACAAGAAACGACGACAUCUGCCGUAUCGAGGCAAAAAAGGUGUAUAGUAAUACAGAAGCAAUCUGGCACGCAUGGAGACAGCUCGGAAGGUGGCGAUGACGAUGAUGAUUACAGAAAACCUCAACCCAAAGAGCCUAGACCUGACAGACUAAUGAACAACAAAAAACAACCAGAUUACGAGCCAGUGCCUCCAGAACUAUCAAGAUACAGGAUGCCUGAGAGGCGAAGUGACCGACUCCGUUUUAGGAAAAGAUUUCUGAAGAACUACAAAAUGUUAUAAAUGCAAAAACAACUGUUAUGAUCCACACACGGACACGGUAUUAUAAUAAAAAAAUGUUCUUUGUAAUCUUUAAUGAUAAAAUAUAAUAAAUAUUACUUAUUACUUUAUAUACCUAUUUACUUUGAUUUUAUAUAUACCCUAAAUAACCGUAUUGUGGAAAGGUUAUAUAUCGCCCUCCUCUUUAGAACACAUUCUGGACUUAAAUAUGUAAGAAUAAA